AUGCCUGGACUGGAAGGGUUGAAGCCCGAAAUCGCAUUGAGAUUCGGACCUGGUUAUGUUGGCUUCGACCACGUUACGUGGUACGUUGGAAAUGCAAAACAAACCGCCUCCUACUACAUUUCUCGUAUGAAUUUUACCCAGAUCGCCUACAAGGGACCCGAAAAUGGCUCUCCUUAUAUUGCUUCAUACGUUGUUGAAAAUGGGGAUGCACGAUUCGUUUUUAUUGCCCCUAUCUGUGGGCCUACGGAUGAGAGCGUUCCGGAAUCUGAGAAGAUUCUGUUGAGAGAGAUACAUGAACAUCUCACUAAACACGGCGAUGGUGUCAAGGAUAUUGCUUUUAGGGUCACCACAGAUGUCAAGGAAAUCUGGGACAAGGCUGUGAAGCACGGUGCCCGUCCGGUGGCUGAUCCUACCAUUGUCCAAUCUGAGUCUCCAUUCAGUGGUGAGAUCCAGAUGGCCACUAUCGGUGCAUAUGGAGAUACGACCCAUACAUUCAUCAAUCGAGAAACAUACAACGGUCCAUUCCUCCCUGGAUAUACGAUUGUAAACGAAAGGGACCUGAUCAAUAACCAUCUACCUGCAGUCAACUUCAUUGAUAUCGACCAUUGCGUUGGUAAUCAACCAUGGAAUGGAGUGGAUAAAGCUGUCAAAUUUUAUGAGGAGUGCCUUGAUUUCCACCGGUAUUGGUCAGUAGAUGAUAAUUUAAUGUGCUCUGACUAUUCCGCAAUGCGCUCGAUUGUUAUCGCAUCCCCAGAUGAAGUGAUCAAGAUGCCACUCAAUGAACCUGCUGUGGGGAAAAAGAGGUCUCAGAUUGAAGAAUUUGUCGAUUACUACAACGGAGCAGGUGUUCAGCAUAUUGCCUUCCGAACCGACGAUAUCAUCACUGCAGUCACGAACCUUCGCGAACGAGGAAUGCAAUUCCUCUCAGUACCUACCACCUACUACACUGAAAUCAGAGAGAAAUUGGAUCAAUCCAACCUGGUACUCAACGAAAGUGUCGAGCUUCUUCAAAAGCUAAACAUUCUUAUCGAUUUCGAUGAGGGGGGUUACCUUUUGCAGAUCUUUGCGAAACAUGUCCUCGAUCGCCCGACUGUAUUUAUUGAAAUCAUCCAGCGCAAUAAUUUUGACGGCUUUGGUGCUGGUAACUUCAAGGCCUUGUUUCAGGCUUUUGAGCGCGAACAAGCACUGAGAGGAAAUCUAUGA